UCGUGUUCGCCGAGAGAAAAAAAAAGAGUGAAAAAUGACGACAGUGCUGUAAUUUUUGUGUUUUAUUCGUUGUAAUUUAGCUUUUCGACGGCUAAAUCGUGUAUUUAUUGGUUCUUCAUAUCGUGCAUUUAGUGAAGGUGUGACCGUGAAUUUUGAUUCGGAGCGAUAAGAAGCUUGUAGCGCAAUGUCUUCGUCGGCAAUUUUCAUACUGGACGCCAAAGGGAAGGUGCUGAUUUCCCGUAAUUAUCGUGGCCACAUCGACAUGGGUGUGGUUGAUAAGUUCAUGCCACUGUUGAUGGAGAAGGAAGAGGAAGGUUUGAUAACGCCUAUCCUGCAGACACCGGAGUGCACGUUUGCCUACGUGAAGACUAACAAUCUGUACUUAGUUUCGGUGACCCGGAGCAAUGCCAACAUCGCGCUGGUGUUUGUUUUCCUCCACAAAGUGGUUCAGGUGUUUACGGAGUAUUUUAAAGAGCUUGAGGAGGAAAGUAUUCGUGACAACUUUGUCGUCAUCUACGAACUGUUGGAUGAGCUGAUUGAUUUCGGCUAUCCGCAAACAACAGAUAGUAAGAUCCUGCAGGAAUACAUUACCCAGGAGGGUCAUAAGUUGGAGAUACAGCCGCGUAUUCCGAUGGCCGUGACGAAUGCCGUUUCGUGGCGUUCGGAGGGCAUCAAGUAUAGGAAGAACGAAGUGUUCCUGGAUGUGAUCGAAAGUGUUAACCUGCUGGCCAAUGCCAACGGUAAUGUCCUUCGCAGUGAAAUUGUGGGAGCAAUCAAGAUGCGUGUCUAUCUGUCCGGUAUGCCGGAACUGCGGCUGGGCUUGAAUGAUAAGGUGCUGUUCGAGAGUACCGGUCGUGGCAAAUCCAAAUCCGUGGAACUGGAGGACGUCAAAUUCCAUCAGUGCGUGCGAUUGUCCCGCUUCGAGAACGAUCGCACCAUUUCGUUCAUUCCACCAGACGGCGAGUUUGAGCUGAUGUCCUACCGGUUGAACACGCACGUGAAACCGCUGAUCUGGAUUGAAUCGGUAAUCGAACGGCACGCCCACAGCCGGGUCGAGUACAUGAUUAAGGCCAAGUCGCAAUUCAAGCGCCGUUCGACGGCAAACAAUGUGGAAAUUGUCAUUCCGGUGCCGGCCGAUGCCGAUUCACCCAAGUUCAAGACCACGAUCGGAAGCGUCAAGUACGCACCGGAGCAGAAUGCCAUCACCUGGACGAUCAAGUCGUUCCCGGGUGGAAAGGAAUAUCUGAUGCGAGCACACUUUGGACUUCCCAGUGUUGAAUGUGAAGAUUCGGAAGGCAAGCCGCCAAUUCAAGUCAAGUUCGAGAUCCCGUACUUUACGACGUCUGGAAUUCAGGUUCGCUAUCUGAAGAUCAUCGAAAAGAGCGGCUACCAGGCUUUGCCUUGGGUGCGCUACAUAACCCAGAACGGCGACUACCAGUUGAGAACAAACUAAGCAAAUGCAGGGCAUACAUUCAUACCCAUAACCUACACCUACACAUACACAAACACGUAUAUAAAUAUUCUUCGCUCUGGAUGCCCACGAGGGAUAGCAUGUCUCAUAACAAAAGACAAAAGGUCGUUGUAGAAAUUUAUUUUAGUGAAUUUAUAAGUGCAAAAAUUGAAUGCAAAACAAAAUCAAGGAUACUAACAGUUUAUGGCAGCGCGCAUGAACACAGUUUAUGUUUUCCGGUUUAGCUUGUUUAUUUUUUUUUUUAAAUUCCAUUAUGUUUGACUAAACUAGUUGGAUAAAAAGGAAAACGUGAAGGCCUCAGACAUUUAUGUAAUAGUGCAAGUGAGAAAUGGUUAACAAGCAAGCAAGGAUGGAAGAAAAAUAUCAUUCAAUCGGAUGAAGUAUUAUAAAUCAAGAAAGUUCUACUUACCUUUAUUUUAUUGUGUUUAAUUAAUAACAGACAUCGGUUCAUAUUUCACCAAUGAAAGCAAGAA